ACCGCCAUGACUAAAAACAGUGACUUGGUCUUAGAACUCAUAAGUGAUCCAGAACUUAUCAGAUUCACACAUUUGGAAAAUUCAGAAGCAUGGAGAUCUAAAUUGACAAAAGAGCAAUACGCUGAUAGAGAGUGGACAAUUGGUUGUCAAUCCAGCCUUGGUAAAAGAAAAGAAUCUCAAAAUUUGGGGGUGUUUCAUUAUGUUUUAAGAGAUUUGUCAAUAAAGGCAGAGAACAAUCAUGAUAACAUUGUUGCAUCCUGUGAGACUAUGAAUAGAAUUGCUUGGAGAAUUGAUGGGAAAGAAGGAGAAUUAACAGAGGUUAUAUGUGCCUGUAUUGGUGGAGUCUUCACUUUACCAAACCACAGAAAGAAAGGUUAUGCCGCCGAGAUGAUUAAUAGAUUGAAUGAUGCAUUAGAUAGACAAUUGGGAUCAAAAUCAUUUACAUUUUUAUACAGUGAAGUUGGUGAAUACUAUUCAAAGUUCGGCUAUGACAGUUUUGAAGUUCCUACUCAUAGUAUUCCUACUGAAAACGUUUCUUCAACAAAAGUUCCAAAAGCUCAUUACCAUUUUUUGAAAUAUGAUGAUUAUCAAAAACUUGUUGAAUCUCAAUACUCGCAUGUUAAACAGGAUUUGAUACAAAAUGCCUGUGAUACUGAUAAAACACUGGUUACACUUGCCCCAGAUAUUGAUAUCUUUAGUUGGUUUCACGAUAGAGACAUCUUUAUUUCGAAAAUUUUGAGACCGGAAAUUCAAUUGAAACAUUUUGGUGCAGUUUUGAAUCAGACAAACGACCAUAUUAUUUGGUUACAUGAUUGGAACGAAGAAAAGUUGGUUAUCGUUAGAAUAUACAAUGAAAAUGAACAUGAUCUUGAGGCAUUCAAAAAAUUGAUCAACAUUGCUCUUGAAGAGGCCCAAUUAUACAAUUUUAAAGAAAUUACUCUUUGGGACUCUUCCCUAGGUGGGGAAAAACAUCAUGAUGAAGCUUUUGAAUAUAUUAGAGGGUUGAAAGGUGUAAAGACUUUACAACCAAACUCAUCGGUGUCAGCCAUCAGACUACACAACAAGACCCAAAAAGGUGAUUACUUAUGGUUAAAUAAUGAUAAAUGGUGUUGGUUCUAA